UUCCCGUAUUGGAUACGUCCUCGAAUAGUUCCAAACUAGUUCACGGGAGAGACGGACGAGAUACAGCGGCCAAGAGGAGGAGAGGGACGGAUUCCGUACCAAACCUCUCCUUCUCCUACCUUCCGCGACGAAGGUAGAUAGAUUCUGUGUUCCAGGAGGAGGAGGGGUGGGAGGGCUGCCCAUACGUCUUCUCCAGAUGCCCGGCUCCUUCCUUGUAUGCUUCCCGUAGUCUCUUUCUUUCCAUCGAGAGCUUCGUUUUUUCUUCUGAUUUUUUGAAGUCUAGGGUCAGUUUUUUUUUUUUUCCGUGAUUGGAUGCCGGGGAAAAAUGUCUUUUUGUUGAAAUCUUUGAUACUUUUUUGGAUUUUUUGGAGAAAGGAGGGAUUUGAUGUGAUAUCUACGUCACCGGGGGUAAUAAUGGAGGAUUUGUGAAAGGGCUAGCAGAGGUGCGGAUUGCUUCUUCCUCUGCGAGUGGGACUCUUUUUUUUUUUGUUGUUGUUUAUGGAUUCAUCUGGUGGAGGCCAUUGUAGGAGUUCUCUUUUUUGUGGGGUUUGAUCCGAUUGGGCGCCUUGGUUGGCUCCUGAAGGAGUUGACGUGGCCGACGGAGCUGGGUUCCAAAUGCCUUCUUGAUGGGUUUCAACGUUUUCUGGGAUCUGGAUUCUCCUCUCCCCAGCUUCUCUGAAUGAGCGUUUCUUGCGUUCGAGGCUUUGCGGCUGGAAUUUAAUUGGUUUCGGCUUGGAUUUCGGGGGUAAUAAUGGAGGAGGAGAGCUCCUCUUGGGUGAGGAGGGCGAAGUUCUCGCAUACCGUCUGCUACCGGAUGGAUUCUUCUCGGUUGCCGGCGAUUCCGCUCUCCAGCCGGGCUGAUCGGGAUUUGGAAUUGAAGAUAAAGAGCUCAAGUCCUUCAACGGCCCAUCGAGACAUGGAACCGAAUCAGAAGGGCUCGAUCCAGCAUUCUUCUACAUUUCCUUCGUCGUUGCAACGCGAGAGCAAUAGCGGUUUAAACUCACAAAGGUCUAGUUUAAAAGACUCUAGCUUUUCUUUUCAUCCCGAUCGAGAUUCUAAAUCAAAACUGAAGAGUUUGAGUUCACAGUCUUCUUGUUCCUCUAAUCAAUAUCCUAAAUUGAAGACAAAAAGUUCGAACUCUCCGGCGAGAUUUCAGUUAGGUUCUGUUUCUCAUAAAUCAGACCCAUCAUCGAAUCAAAAUGAACAGAAACCCAAGCAGAGAUCUUUGUCUCCACUUCCGACUACCAUCCUUUCUGAUGCCUUUAAAGAAGGCAGGACUAGUGGGAAGAGAUUCUCAACCCCACCACCUAGCAGGAGGGGAUCAGAUCAUGGUGUUUUUGGCAAAUUGUUCUCUAGAGCAGCCCGUGAUCAUCAUGCACUCAAACACUUGUCUUCCAUGAAGGCCUUGGAAAAGCGCAAGAAUAAGAAGGGUGGAGGGAGGGUUAAUGCUGUGGAGACCACCGAUCAGUGGAUUGUUGAUCUUUCCCAGUUGUACCUUGGGCUUAGAUUUGCUUCGGGAGCACAUAGUCGAUUAUAUCAUGGCAUUUACAAGGAUCAGCCUGUUGCUGUGAAAAUUAUUAGGCAACCUGAUGAUGACGAAAAUGGAGUGAUGGCUGCCCGACUGGAGAAGCAGUUCACUAGAGAAGUCACCUUUCUGUCUCAUCUCCAUCACCGAAAUGUAAUUCAGCUUGCAGCAGCAUGUAAAACACCACCAGUUUUUUUUGUAAUCACUGAAUAUCUUUCUGGAGGAUCCCUCAGAGCAUUUUUACACAAGCUUGAACACAAAUCCCUUCCUCUACAGAAACUUAUUGCAAUUGCCCUUGAUAUUGCUCGAGGAAUGGAAUACAUCCACUCGCAGGGAGUUAUUCAUCGAGACUUGAAACCUGAGAACAUUCUUUUUGAUGAAGAUUUGUGUGUAAAAAUCGCCGACUUUGGAAUAGCUUGUGAGGAAGCAUAUUGUGAUGCAUUAGCUGAGGACCCUGGAACAUUUCGUUGGAUGGCACCUGAGAUGAUCAAACACAAGCAUUAUGGACGGAAAGUAGAUGUUUACAGCUUUGGACUAGUAUUAUGGGAGACGCUAACAGGAAGAAUCCCAUACGAGGAUAUGACACCCAUCCAGGCUGCUUUUGCAGUGGUUGAUAAGAACUUGAGACCUGUCAUUCCUCCUGACUGCCCGGCAGCAUUGCGAGCCUUGAUCGAGCAAUGCUGGGCGGUGCAUCCAGACAAGAGACCUGAGUUUUGGCAGAUUGUGAAGGUGUUGGAACAGUUUGAAUCUGCUGUCGCUCGAGAUGGCAUGCUGGGCCUGGUUCCAAACCUGACCUGCCAGGAUUACAAGAAGCGGCUUCUUCGUUGGAUUCAAAAGUUAAAACGAUCGGAUGCCGAUGGCUCAGGGCGCCUGGCGCCCAUGUAUUUGUAACAGUUACUCCCCCCCCUGCUAAUUUUUGUUAGUUUCCUUUGUAAUUAUGUUCAUUUAUAGGGCCUCACCUGAAAAAUAAGAGACCAUAUAUAGAUUGAUUUC